UAUUGCCUAUGAACACAACUGAUAAGUAAAAUGGAAGUGAACAACAGAUACUUCCCCGCUAGACAAACACUCCAUAUAACUUGAAGCCAUUUCAAGGUGUGCAAGGGCGGUGACAAGGGAGAAGGCAAAGGUUUCACAUUCACCUUACUUUCUGUGUCCGUCAUUCAGGCAGCACUAACAGAACGAGGGGCAAGGACUUACAAUAACCAAAGAGCUAUUCAAAGAAAAAUAUUAAAUCAACAAGGAUAGAGGAGACAAGCUGGUGAAAAGAGAUUAUUUCAUUAAAUAUCUAUCCAAAUCCACUGUAAACCGACCGCAGGACCAUACAUCAUCAUACAAUCACCAUGGUUACGCUGGACUUCAGGACACUAACAGUGCCAGUGGGCAUUGUGCGGAUACUGGAGGUGAUCUUCACCUGUAUAACCUUCAGCCUGGUGGCAUCAGUGGGACACAGUACUAACUCCUUCUGGACGUGGUGCAUGUUCACCUGGUGCUUCUGCUUCUGCGUCACCUUCCUCAUCAUCGUUCUGGAAUUCACCAGCCUCAGCGCUAAGUUGCCCAUCUCCUGGGAUGACUUCACUACUGCUUUUGCCAUGUUGGCUACUUUAAUGGUGCUGGCAGCAUCCAUCAUCUAUCCCAUCUUCUUCAUUAAGUUUUGCUCUAGCUGUGGCAAACAGAUUGCAGCCACUGUCCUUUCCUGUCUGACCUUCAUCCUGUACGCCGUUGAAGUCGGGCUGACCCGGGCUAAACCUGGUGAGAUCAGUGGAUUUCUGUCUACGGUCCCGGGCCUCCUUAAGGUUCUGGAGGCCUUCGUGGCCUGCAUCAUCUUCAUCUGCUUGGACUAUAACCAGUUCUCCAAGUAUGCAGGGCUCCAGUGGUGUGUUGCUGUCUACUGCAUUUGCUUCAUUUUUGCCGUCCUUGUCAUAAUUUUUACCAUCUGCCGCCUUCUGUCUCUUUUUCCCGCACCAUUUGACAAAGUCCUGACAGGCUGUAACGUGUUGGCCGUGUUGAUGUACAUCACAGCUGCAGUGGUCUGGCCAGUGUACAGCUUCAAGAAUAAUAGCAGGCCGAGCUACAGUAGCUGCCCGGUGGGUUUAUGUCCCUGGGAUAAUUUACUGGUCAUCUCUUUCAUGACUUGUUUCAACCUUGCUGCUUACAUUGCGGAUACUGUUUAUUCUUUUAGGCUGGUGUUCUUCAUCAGAAGAACGUAGGUUGUAAAUAGGCCUCAUGUUUCAGCUGUGGGAGGUCCACAAGAACUCAAAGAUUGAGAAGGAGAAUGGUAUGUAAAGCAUCUCUUGUAGAACUUUUGUGAAACAUAUUUUAUUUCACUGUUGUUUUCAUAAUAUACCCAACACACUGUUGUGGAUUUGGUCUGAAUGACUUUUAUCUGUCAUGAUGAUGCAUUCUCUGAGGACAAUUUUUUAACGUCAGUAAUCCCAAUCUGUUCUCUUUUCCUUUGUUAUCUUCCAUGAUUUUUAUUUGAUCAUCUUAAUCAUGUUAUUUUUAUACAGCGUAGCUAUAACCAUGUCAGUCUCAGUUGCAAACUCAUUUAGUGUAUUCUCUUGUCGAUCGCACUGUGUGAAAUAUGAAUAAAAUGUCAUGAAAGUGUGGAGUUAA